AUGACGGCCCGCUAUCAGAAGCAGAUCGCCGUCCCUGAUGGCUUCCCCAUCCUGUUGAAGGACUUUGCCAGAGAGGUCCUGCGACAGCAACCGGAGAACAUCUACACCUUUGGAGCUCAGCAUUUUCAGAGGCUUCAUGCGCAACAACAGGCCGGCGCCACACAGAGUUCGGACGCUGCUGCAGCGGCCAGCAACGGACGCCCGGAUGUAUCGUGGUUGUCCGCAUCCGAGCUGGAAGACCUCAUUUUAUCGCACUUCCUGAAAGCGGACAGUGACCGCAACGGCUAUCUAGACCCCAGGGAGUUUGCUGCGGCGAUGGAGCAGAGCGGGCUUUUCCGAUCGGAGGCGGAGCUCCUGAACGUAUUGGCGGAGUGCGACGAGAACGAGGAUGGGAACAUUCAGUACCGAGAGUUCCUGCCGAUCAUGGUGCAGGUGAUCCACGGCAUGCGCGCCAAGGCGCUGCUGGCGGCCAGCCGAAACGCGGACGAGGCCCAGGCGAGGAGCACUGUGCAGACGCAGCUGCUGCACGGAAUGCCGCGGGCGGAACUGGAGGCCAUGAUGCGAGGCGUGUUCCGGGCGGCGGACGUGAACGGAGACCGGCGGCUCGACCGGAAGGAAUUCAAGAACUGCUUACGUCACGCUGACGUGGGGCUGACCCGGCAGGAGAUCAACCUGCUACUGGCCAAGGCGGACCGCAACGGCGACGGCUCCAUCUCGUAUGAGGAGUUCCUGCCCCUAUGCUUCAAUAUCCUGGUGGAGCGCUUCUCGGACGAGCUCGUACGCGAGAAACAAGCCCGGAGUGCGGACGAUAUUGAGGUGCUGCUGGUGCAGGCCUUUGCCGCGGAGGACCGAGAGCGCACCGGUUUGCUCCUCCAGCGCCAGAUCAAGGGCGUGCUAACCGACCUGUCCCGAGAGGGGUUAGGCCUAACCCGGAUGCAAGUGCUGACGCUGAUGAGUGAAGCCGAGCCGGACGAGGAGGGUUACGUUAACUACCGCCGGUUCGCGAGCGGCGCCGCGCACAUGAUACAUUCGCUCGUCGACGUCUCGCACCAGGCGGACCGCGCGGCCGCGAUCGAGUCGCUGUCGCGCAGCGCAGGCGUGCAGCAGCUGCGCAACCUGAGCCGCGACGCGGUGCGCGGGAUCCUGGAGGAGGCGUUCCGCGCCGCCGACGAACAGGGCGCGGGCGCGCUCGAGCGAUCAGAGGUGAUCGAGGUCCUCCAAGAGUUGGCGAGCAGUCAGCUAGGGCUGACGCCGCGUGACGUCAACUGCCUAAUGGCUGCGCUCGAAGAGAACUCGGAGGGCGCGAUCGAAUACGAGCAGUUGAUUUCGUUCACCUUCGACGUGCUUCAGCAUCUGGACAGGGAGGAGUACGUGCAGAGAGUGGCCGCAGAAGCAGGGAAAUGA